GCAAGUCAAGGCACAUACAGAAACCACCGCCUGAAGGUUAACAAGCUGGCUCUACUCAGUCUGUCUGUUGGAGACCACUCAAUAGAUAGCAUAUAAGUCGGAUUCUUAUUAUGCGCACUGUAAAUACCUUGUUUAAAUAUUAUAAUUCUUUGGCGCACUGCUCUGCUCUUCGUGCAUUGAUCUCUACAUUCACUGUGUGCGCGCUUCUAGUUCGUUAGGAGAAAAUAAUCAUAGCCCUUCGCAAAACUGCAAAGCAAAGAGGUUUUGAGUGGGAAAAACGUUCUUGCUCCUUGGACUACAUACAAUGAGGAAAUUCUGAGGUGGCAGUCUUCGUUGAGUUUCCUUUGGCUGUAUGUAACUAAGGGCUAGCUCAUGAACCGGUAUCCUCUUGCGUGGAAUUCUGUUUUCACUUAGAACUCUGCUGCCUGGACAAAUGCAUACAAAUGCAUUUAGGAGCCCAACGGACAAGGAGUGGACACGUUUCUCCAACUGCAAUAACCAGAACCUUCCUCCUGCUCCUGUCAGUAUGCACUACAGUGCUGUCUGCAGAAGAACACUACAGAGCACAAGGUGUCGAUAUCCUCCAUCGUCUGGGCCUCGGCGGCAGCACACAGUCAAUCUCCUCCGAGAUCACCUCCUCUCCCCGGCACUUCCCCUCUCCCCCCUCCUCAACCCCAGGACCCGGGGUCCUCCUCAGCCCGGACGUCCACAUUGAAGCCCCCACAGCGGCCCUGUUCCCACCAGACCUUGGUGAGGAGUUUUCUCUGGUGGUGAGCCUGAGCUCCUGGCGAGCGAACAAUGCUUUCCUGUUCAGCGUGCGUGACAGCAGCAACAAGGUGCAGUUUGGCAUCCAGCUGCUGCCCAGGAAGGUGGUGGUGUACACCGCUGAGAAGUCCUCCGUCUACUUCGCCUACAACGUGCACGAUGGGCGCCGGCACUCGUUUGCGGUGGGCGUGAGGCCCCGCUCUGUGUCAUUCCACGCCGACUGCGGGGCGGUGGAGAAGCGUGAGCAAACCUUGACCCGGUCACAGACGCUGGGGUCAGGAUCGGGAGGCCUACUGACCUUAGGAAGGAUGAACUCGAAAGCGGCCCAGUUCCAGGGCGUCAUAUGCCAGCUGGAUAUCUACCCCUCAGCCCAGGCUGCUGCGCAUUACUGCGACUACCUUAAAAAACAGUGCCGGCUGGCCGACACUUUCCGAUGGCCCCUCAGCUCAGAUAUGGAGGUUUCACAGUCCUUGGCUUUCUCUCCAAUCUCUGCCUCACCGGAGGCCCAGACGGUGCUACCAACCUCCCUGGCUGUAGAUUCCCACAGGCAGAUGACUCCGUCACUUGCAGGAUCAGCGCCGGUCUACUCCCUGGAUGGUUCCGGAACACUGUAUUUAAGCCCCUCAGAGGUCAGGAUCCAAACUCAGAGCUCCUUGUUGGAGCACCACACCUCUAUCCCUACCCCUGUCACUGAUGACCACAGAAGGCCGUCGUCAGACACACUCAGUGGGCUGGAGGCCAUGGGCAUCACCCCCAGGAGUGUCACCUCCGGAUCCAGUCCAACAGGGGUUUCCACCAGGCAGUCUCCCCAGGUUGAGAAUGAGACAGAGGAGGAAGAGAGGAGCCCCACAAGGCCCCAACAGGGCACGGCAGCCACCUCUGACCCGAUCUUACCUGUCAGACAGAGCCGCUUGAAGGAGGGCCUGCUGAACACAUCCAACUCCAGGCCUAAGGACUCUAAGCCCCAGCUUCAGGCCACUGGCCACCUUCUGGACCCCCAGCUCGGACCCAACAGCACCACCCUGUACCGAGCCAACCAGGUAGAUAUCUCAGAGGAGCAUGGGCAGGAAGAGAACUACGAUGUGGACAUGGAUGGCUACGACUAUGGAUACGAGGAACCUGACUACUUCUACGGAGACUAUGAUGGAGCUUUUCCCGGCCCCAAAGGAGACCCAGGUCCUCCGGGUCCUGCUGGUCCGCCGGGUCUACCUGGUCCGGCUGGAAAGAGAGGAGCCCGGGGUCCUACCGGUCCACAUGGAAACCCCGGCCUACCUGGUCCUCCUGGUCCCAAGGGCUCAAAGGGUGAUCCAGGACUGUCCCCAGGUCAGGCCCCACCAGGAGACAAGGGUGAGAGAGGUCCUCAAGGUUUUCCAGGUCCAGACGGGUUUGCAGGUCCAACAGGUCCUAAGGGCUAUCCAGGGCCACCAGGCCUGGCAGGGGAACAGGGCAUACCAGGACUUCCAGGAGUGUCUGGGGCUGCAGGUUACCCUGGCAGGCAGGGCUUGGCUGGGCCAGAAGGUAACCCAGGUCCUAAAGGUGUACGUGGUUUCAUCGGGCCUCCCGGUAUAGCUGGUCCUCCCGGGCCGGAAGGUGAGAGAGGUAUUCCAGGUCCCAUUGGGAAGACUGGUCCCAAAGGAAGACAGGGAGUUGUCGGGGAUGUUGGUGAAAGGGGUCCUCCAGGCCCUGAUGGCAACCAGGGGCCUGUUGGUGGGACUGGUCUGAGUGGCUUCCCUGGUCUCAGGGGAGACCCAGGACCUGAGGGAGAGCGAGGACUAACUGGCAUUGUGGGAACUAUGGGCAUAACGGGAAAAGCGGGCCUACCUGGAUUGAAAGGUGAUAAGGGUGAACCUGGACUGAGAGGUGAACCAGGAGAGAUGGGUUACCAAGGUGACAAGGGUGCUGCUGGAUUGCCUGGUCCUCUUGGACUCCGGGGAAAACCAGGCCCAUCUGGUAAGAUGGGGGAGAUGGGAGCACAAGGACCUCCCGGCCCACCAGGACCUGAGGGUUUUCCUGGAGACAUCGGUGUGCCAGGUCCCAAUGGCCCCCCAGGGCCCAAGGGUCUCCAAGGUGCCAGAGGUCCACAGGGACCACCAGGGCCCAAAGGAAUAGAGGGUGAUGACGGACCCCUCGGCCCCCCCGGUGGUCCUGGCCCUACUGGGAGACCUGGAAGAAAAGGUUACAUAGGUGAAAAUGGACCAGAGGGAUUGAAGGGGGAGAUCGGGGACCUUGGCGGCAUUGGAAAAAAUGGACCACAAGGUCCAGCAGGCCUCAUUGGGACAUCAGGGGUAGUAGGCGAUGCCGGUGAAAAGGGUGAACGUGGUCCUGCAGGCCCUCUGGGCCCUCCUGGGGAGAAGGGAUCCAGGGGGUAUCCAGGAUUACCAGGUGGCCCAGGUGAAGUUGGUCUCCAAGGACCUCCUGGUCCUCAGGGGCCGAGGGGAAUACCAGGGGUCCCGGGACCAAAAGGCAGAAGGGGUCCGAGGGGUGCAGAAGGUCCUUUGGGGGAACCAGGGCCUGAGGGCACAAAGGGAGAGCGUGGCGAAGGUGGAAAAAAAGGGGAACCUGGGUUCAUUGGUAAAGCUGGUGGUCCAGGGGAGAGAGGUCUACCAGGGAAAUCUGGGACGGCUGGAAUCCCAGGAAGCACAGGAGAGAGGGGAGCCCAUGGUGAACCAGGGCCCAAAGGACCGAUGGGAGACCCUGGACCUGACGGAGAUCAAGGACCUGAGGGCGCACCUGGUGGAGAUGGGGAGCCAGGUCCAGUUGGAGAACCUGGAAUAAAGGGCAACGUUGGGCUGGUUGGAGUAGAGGGGGAACCAGGACAGCAGGGCAUGAGAGGCCUUCCAGGUCUUGCUGGUGAGGAUGGGACCCAAGGACAAGAUGGGCCGAAGGGCGAGCCAGGUGAUCGUGGGCCCAUGGGCGAGGCAGGAGACAGGGGGGUAGAGGGAGAUCCAGGACCUCCUGGGGCCACAGGAGAAGCUGGAAAACGUGGUUUCCCUGGACCAGAGGGUAAACGUGGUCUCCCAGGGAAUCGCGGUCGGCAUGGUAAAAAGGGAGAGGCAGGCAAACCCGGUUUGGUUGGUGAGACAGGAGAUACGGGGACCGUUGGCAAAGAGGGGGAGGCAGGACUGAAAGGAGCCAGAGGAACCAGAGGCUCUGCAGGUCACCCAGGAGUGGUGGGUCCUGAGGGGAUGCCUGGAAUGGCCGGAUACACAGGCCAUGCUGGUAAGCCUGGACCCAUAGGACCUCCUGGGCCGAAAGGUGAAAAGGGUUACCCUGGAGAUGACUGUAAGACCCCCGGACCGGCAGGGCCACUAGGUGAACCAGGCCUUCCCGGCGAGCGAGGAGACCGUGGAGAGCCAGGAGAUGAGGGAUAUCAGGGCCAUCCUGGCGUUAUGGGACUUAUUGGGGCUGUUGGAGCGCCAGGUCUUCCUGGCACACCAGGGGAACCCGGAGAACCAGGCCCAAAAGGAGAAAUGGGAACCCAGGGCUUAGAAGGAAAGAAAGGAGCGAGGGGCCUGACUGGGAGCGCUGGUGUUGAGGGGGCCAUUGGUUUACCAGGACCCAGAGGCAUGCAGGGAUAUCCUGGAUCUGACGGACCUCCGGGCCUAUUUGGGAUACCAGGACUUCCAGGGAAAGCAGGGCGACAGGGCCAGCGUGGCACUGUGGGGCAAGAGGGGGCACCCGGACUACCUGGUCCGAGGGGUGAACUCGGUCUGCCUGGACUGGUUGGUGAAAGAGGGCCCGUUGGAGAGAAGGGGGAGUCUGGCUUGGCAGGGGAGAGGGGAACCCCAGGAAUCAAAGGCAUGGAGGGAUCACAGGGGGACCAGGGCAGGAUAGGUGACCCAGGAAUCAAAGGACAACCAGGGGAGUCCGGAGACUUGGGGAUGAACGGCUUCUCCGGGUUUCCAGGACCUAAGGGGCCAAAUGGAGAUUUUGGAUUCAAAGGCGUACCCGGUCCUAAAGGUCCGGCUGGUGUUCUGGGUUUCAAUGGUCCUGUUGGCCCAGAAGGGAUGAUCGGUCCUGUGGGGAAACCUGGGCCAAGGGGACCAAAGGGAGGCCAUGGGGAAAUGGGACCCAAGGGGCCACAGGGACAUCCAGGACCCAGAGGUCCUCCAGGUCCCCCUGGCCCUAUUAGACGAAUUAAAUACAACUCUCUGUUGGAGUCCAAUGGUGUCUUAAGGACUGAGACCUACCAGAACACAGAGAUGUCCCACCCAGACCAGAACACAGAGAUCUUUAAGACCCUGCGCUACCUGAGCAGCGUGAUUGAGAGCAUGAAGGUACCACUGGGAACCCGGGCAAACCCAGCACGGUUCUGUAAGGAUCUGUUGGACUGCCAGCACAAGCUCUCUGAUGGACGUUACUGGAUUGACCCCAACCUGGGAUGUCCAUCCGAUGCAAUUGAGGUUUUCUGUAACUUCACUGCUGGUGGGCAGACCUGUCUCCACCCAGUGGCCUCUAACAAGCUGUUGUUUGGUGUGCAUAAAGUCCAGAUGAAGUUCCUCCACCUCCUGAGCACAGAGGCCAGUCAGUACAUCACCUUCCACUGUCUGAGUGAUCCGCCCCACAGCCCCAAAGACACCUACAGUCACAUUGGCGCAGAACAGGAGUACCAGGACAGACCACCAAGGUUCAGGGGAUGGAACGGACAGAUUUUUGAGGCAGACACACUACUUGAACCUCAGGUGCUACUGGAUGAGUGCAAGAUCCAAGAUGGCAGCUGGCACCAGUCACGCUUUUUCUUUCAUACUCAGGACAGUUAUGAGCUCCCCAUUGUAGAAAUACAAGAGCUAUCAUCAUCACAGCCCAACCAUCUACACCACCUCGAGGUGGGACCUGUCUGCUUCCUGUGAGGUUAUCACCUGUCCAAGAUAGAAACUAGGAAAAACCAAGCAUGCCAUAAGUAGGCCAAAAUGUCUGCUCCCUAAACCAAAGAGAAUGUGAGCCCAAACGUUGGUCUGGUCCAGGCCCCGACUUGGCAUAUGCUUCAUGGAAUGACAAACACCUUGUCCAAUCGAUGGCAGACUUCUUCGGAAUAACUUAAUCCGUAGGAAAGUGAACCAGCCUAAGAUAACCACAGAAGAGCAUAUACCAAUAUUUAUCUAAUACAUGUGUAAACUGUGUCUGUUUUUGUUUUGCAUUUCAUAAGAAGCUUGGGUUCAUUGGAAAGUUUGUCACAGAAUUGGGCUACCAAAAACACCCUACCAAAACUAAAGCCUCCCACCCCUUCUUUUUUCUUCCCCAAAUACACAAAAUUCCAUUCAUCUUCAGAACAACCUUAGCUGUCAGAAGGAAAGCUCCACAGCCUUUGUAUCAGGAGCACUGUCCAACCAAAACUUUCUAAAAGUGAAAUUUAUUUUGGACUAAGCGUGAGAUUUUAGAUUUCAUUUUCAAUCAAAGGUCAACCGCCAGCUUGUGCCGCCAUUUUUUAUGUUUGAAUCUGUAGUCUAAUACGGAUGGACGUUUACACCUUGGGUGUGUCCAAAAUGGCAUACCAUUCUCGAUUGUGCACUAGCUUUAAUUAUUGGCCCAUAGAGCUCAAAGGUAGUGCACACUAGAGAAUAGGGUUCUGUUGUGGAUAACACAGCCCUUGACAGAUGGUGCUCUACCUCCUGCUUGUGUCUUUCAAGUACAGGUUCUUGUGUCAAGUAUUUUUUUUGUCCUUACAAAGUUGUAUGUACCGGCUACAUCAAGUUUAAGAGUAAUACAGUGUUGUUGUUUUAGUUUUUUUUCUUUCAUUUUAUUUGCUAAUUGUUAACCUAUCGUUGGUGCUGCAACAGACACAAGUGUAAGACAUCAGUGAGUUGCGAUACUUUUUUCCUGUAUAUUUGGACAUUAUAUGGUUGAUUAUUUAUAUCCUUUGUUUUUGUUCACAUUACUUUAUACCCCAAUAAAUUAUAAUCUCAGAGAUCUAUUUGGUCAAUUCCAACUUAGUCCAAAUAACUAUUUAUGUAAAAUGUAUUUGUAUGUGCACACAUUAUGUGACUGUAUGUUCAUUGUAUACUAUCAUAUUCACUACAGUGGGGUUUGAUAGGUCAUACUGGCAGCUAGCAUAGGCCAGAGUCAGAACACAUCAGAAAUAGCAAUGAUAUUGUUCUUAAGUUAUAUUAUAUUGAAAAAAGUGUAAUUAAAUUAGUAAAUGCUCUGGAGAAAUAAAGUUAAACGUGUAAAUAUGAAAUGUUGACAUUAAAUAAAUGUUUUAAUCCCAAAAUAGUAAAAACUUUUUUAAAAAAUAUUUUCUUGGUGAUCAUAACAGUAUUUAUUCAUUCUGUCCAAGUCCAGCAGUGAACUGGUUAAAAAUUAAACCAACCAAGUUUGAAUUUAUUUUGUAUUUAUGUUUUUGAGCCCACAUCGACAUAAAUGUGUGCUUCUGUUUUUUGUUGGAAUGUUUUGAAUUCUUGAUCAUCAUCUCUCCAAUUAGCAGUAAUACUAUAGUCUGUGUUGAGGUUCUUCUUGGGAAACUGAUGAAUCACCUGUUUGUAUGUUUGUGUGCACAAAUAUUACUAACACAGUGGACACCAAAAAACCUUGGAAGGAGGUAAAACAAGGAAAAUGUGACCUUGUGGCGAGAUCAUGAGAUUAAAUGUUAUUUUGAGUUGA